CCUCAGUUUUCAGUAGAGGAAGAAAGCGGAGACGUCACAUGGAGAGAUACAACAGCAGUAGCUGCUACACCACUAAUCACACAACAUUAACAUAACUAGCUACUAAAAGCUAACCUGGCUAGCUAAUUGUUUCGUCUUCUUCAUGCAGUCGGAUUUGCAAAUUUGCAAGAAACAAAAUUCAUAGACGGUGCAAAACGGAAAACAAUAUUACGGUCACACACAGCUACCGUGGCCUCUUCUUGCAUCCAGUAGGCAGGGUAUUUAGGCUAGCUAGCGACUCUGCCUUGGCUAGCGUCAGGCUAGCCAGCUAGCUAGCUAGCUACUAACAUCGCUAUCGGUAGUUAGCUAGCUAGCGAGCUGUAGUAACUUACGUCAUGGAGGAACUAGUCGUGGAAGUAAGAGGGACAAGUGGGGCUUUUUAUAAGGGCUUUGUAAAGGAUGUUCACGAAGGAUCUGUCAUGGUAGCAUUUGAAAACAACUGGCAGCCGGAGCGGCAGAUCCCAUUCCAGGAUGUGCGCUUUCCUCCUCCAACAGGGUUCUGCAAGGAGAUCAGUGAGAGCGAUGAGGUCGAGGUGUAUUCUAGGGCGAAUGACAAAGAGCCAUGUGGAUGGUGGCUAGCCAAGGUUCGCAUGGUCAAAGGGGAGUUUUAUGUAAUAGAGUACGCCGCAUGUGAAGCCACAUUAAAUGAGAUAGUGACGCUGGAGAGGUUACGGCCGGUCAACCCGAAUAAACCAGCCACCAAAAACACCUUCAUUAAGAUCCGACUGGAUGUACCCGAAGAUCUACGGCAAAUGUGCUCCAAGGAAUCAGCACACAAAGACUUCAAAAAGGCUGUGGGAGGGUUCAGUGUCACCUACGACUCAGAGAAAAAGCAGCUGGUCAUUUUGUCGGUGAAUGAGGUCACAACAAAGCGGGCCAAUAUGAUGAGCGACAUGCACUUCAGGAGCCUCCGCACCAAGCUGUCUCUAAUGCUGAGGAACGAAGAGGCCAGCCGACAGCUGGAGAGCUCCAGACAGCUGGCGUCUCGGUUUCAUGAACAGUUUGCUGUUCGGGACGAUUUAAUGGGUCUCGCCAUCGGGACUCACGGGGCCAACAUUCAGCAGGCGCGUAAAGUUCCUGGAGUCACUAACAUAGACCUGGACGAAGAGACCUGCACCUUCCACAUAUACGGAGAGGACCAGGAUGCUGUCCGUAUAGCCAGAAGUUUCCUGGAGUUUUCCGAAGAUAUCAUCAAAGUUCCCCGGAACUUAGUAGGGAAGGUGAUUGGCAAGAACGGCAAGCUGAUUCAGGAGGUGGUUGACAAGUCCGGUGUGGUUCGGGUUCGUAUUGAGCCUGAGAACGACAAAAAACCAUCAGCGGCAGCGGCAGCAGCUGCUGAUGAGGGAAUGGUGCCAUUUGUGUUUGUGGGAACCAAGGAAAGCAUCUCCAAUGCAACAGUACUACUAGACUAUCACCUCAACUACCUUAAGGAGGUGGACCAGUUGCGACUGGAGCGUCUGCAGAUCGAUGAGCAGCUGAGACAGAUAGGCGGUGGAGGCGGAGGGGGGGGGACAGGGCCCCGAAACCCUAAAGACAAAACCUACGUGUUCGAUAAUGGAAUGGGGCUCGGGAUGGGCCGAGGAGGGGGAGGAGGAAAGCCCUAUGGAGGAGGGGGAAGAGGUGGACGAGGGCGGAGAGGAGGAGGAGCUGCUUUUGCCUCAGGCACCAACUCUGAGGCAUCCAACGCUUCAGAGACAGAGUCAGACCACAGAGACGAGCUCAGUGAUUGGUCGCUGGCCCCCACAGAGGAGCUAAUGACAGGAGGUGGGACCCUGCCCAGACGGACAGAUGGGAGGAAGAGAGGAGGCGGCGGUGGGCUGAGGGGACGAGGAGGGAGAGGAAGAGGAGGGGGAGGAUAUAAAGGUGAAGACAUGCAGUGGAACGAGCCGAGAACUCGUCACAUCAGAGACUCAAAGACAAGAGGCCAAGAAGACACUCUGCAGAUUCGUGUGGACGGGAACAACGAGCGUAGCGUGCAGCACUCCUCAGGUGGCCGAGGCGGUCCGUCCUCGUCCCAGGGCAGUCUCAGUGGCAGCGGCGAGGGACAGCCCCGCCAUCAUCAUCAGAGACCUACUAGAGACAGAGGGAUGAAGAAGGAGAAACAGGACGCUCCCGCGCUGGUGAACGGAGUGUCGUAGAUACCCCACUGGAGGACCUUCUCACUUAGACACACACACACAGGCAACUCAUCACAGAACAUCGUAGAGUCUCAGUCUCUGCUUUUUCUUUUCUGUCUCUGUCUAACACAAGAAUACACAUAUUUCCAUCAGCAUGGAAGUGUUUACAGUAGUGAAGUCUUAGGCUGGAGGUGAUCUUGUAUCUGCUGGUCUGGUCUGUUCUUGACUGGUGUUGUAUCUCCUGCGCAUUCUCUGGAUGAAAGAAGAGGAGGAAUUAGACUAAAGCUCAUCUCACAAACAACCAUUAACACCAAACAUACUCGUGCCCCACUAAACCAACAUAGUUUGUUUACUGAUGCUCCAUUUGGACUUGCUAAUGUGAGAGAAAAAAAUGAGGCAAAAGAAAUCAUUGGCCGUUGGGAAUCAAAGAUUUGCAGCCACUGGAGAAAGCAGGAUGGAAUAUGUGCCCUCGCUCCCUGAAAAGCACACUUUUAGGAGGUGGCUUCAGUUUUUUCGGCAGGUCUAAAUUUUAUUUUUGGUUUUGUGAAAUCUCCAACACAUCCUUUAUAAUGGAACUGUUUUAUCCAGAGAAGCGAGUCUCUGUGGGAAAUCAGCUCUAUUAUUCCACAGAGACUUUUGAGGUUAACUAUCAAUUUAAACACAUCUUUUCAAUAAGGGGCAGAAACGUUUCGGUGUCACCCAAAUGACAUGCAAUCCUAUGGGGAUUCAGACUGGAAGAUGAUGUUUGUAGAGGGCACUUUAUGGACUUUCUUUCUUUCUCUCUUUCUUUCUAACGUAGUUAUUGUUUCUUUCUUCUUUUUCUUUUUUUUUCAACAUUUAAAAGCAUCCAUGUUUCAGAAUGAAAUGCAAACGGGGAGGCAUGAGCUCUGAAGUCACCUGUGUUUUGUUUCCCGUUGCCUUGAUAUUCAGAUUCAGUAAAACUUAUCGAAACGUACAAAUGGAGAGACAUAAAUCUGAGGCACACUGAUGCACAUAAACUGCUUAAACACAGCGACUCCCAUGAGUUUGUGUCAGGGUACAUAUUGUUAUGAACUGUUCUCCUUUCCAAAGGAAGGUUACACUCCUGUACAAUGACCAGAAAUGCAUUAUUCCUGCGUGUUUACAAUUAGUCUACCAUAAACACUCCACAUGUGUGCAGUGGUGUUAGUCCACAGUGAGGGACUAAGCUCCCUGAACUCAUUCAUCUCAUCUGUAAAGAGCUGUCAGCAGGAAUCACCAUCCUAUACCACUCUUCAUCUUCUUCAGUGAAGGGUGCAGACUGAAGCUAGGCGUAUUUUGGUUAGGUCCACGUAAACCUGGAUUGAUGCCCGUUAAAGUCAUUUCCUUUGCUUUCAGACAAGCAGGAUGCAUUUAGAGCAGCUAACUCCUGUCGCACCACUUUGUUUUUCUUAAUUUAUGAAACUCUUUGUAUUUAACUUUGCCAUGACAAACUUAUUUGAAGUGUAACUGUAGAGGACAUGACAGACUGUUGAGUUUUUCCUUGACAAAAUAAAAAUUUGGCCUAA